UUCUAUUCUCUUUCUCUCUCUCUCUACUUGUCCUUCAUUUUCUCUUGUUUCUCUCUCCUUUUCUUUUUUUUAACAGUAGACUGACUUUGGCUCUCCGGCAUUGACUGGUUCUUAAACAAAUUCACUCCGGUAACUGGACUCAGCUAAAGAUCGUGAAGUGCUAUCUGGGAGUUGAAACAUAGUCAGUCUUGAACAGUUAAAAGCGAAGACCCGAGGGAUGAAUUAGACAGCCGAGAAGAAUAGACUUACAGUUUAAGGAUGAAUCCGGCGAGAGUAUUUUCAACUCCCCAAGAGAAUGGAGGUGUCCAAAAUGGGGAUCCUCGGAUUCCUUUUAGUCCUCAAAAGCCUGUUUUGCCAUUACCAGAUCUUGUUCAAGCUGAAAUGCAACGGAAUCAGAUUGAGAUGACAGGAUGGUCAGACCUGCUCGGGAUGUAUGGUGACUUUUUACUAAUGCCAGCUUCUGAAACUGGAGUAGUUCAGAAUCCUGUCACGUCUGUGAGUUGGGAUAAAGGGUCUACUGGUCACUGGUCUGAUGUAGCAGUCUGUAACAGAAGCUCCGAUAUAGAUAUCAAUAGCUGCGAAAAUGUACCAGAUCACAGUAAGCCUGCUUGCACAAGGGUGAAUUCUUUAGAAGAACUUAUUGGUAUGAAGAACCAGUCAAAUAUGCUUUCCACCCAUGGAAGAUCAAACAACAGCAUACAUCUCAGUGAUAUACCGAUUCUUCGGAACUCAUAUGCUCGAGUUGACAGCAGCUAUGAGCAGCCGCGACUCAAAGCUGCAGGUCAAACAUUGCUCAAUGAGAGUCAAGUGUUUAUAAGUCCAAACCAGACGUUUGAUUGUUACAACCGGCACCUACCACUUGAUGGUAUGCGAAGCCCUUAUCAGGUCAAUAGAUCCUUGAUUUCACCACUGGCAUCAGAUGCUGGUACAAGUCCAAGCACAAAUAGUUUCUUCACAUUUGCACCAGUAACACCAGAACAUAACCACUUCAAUGACAACCAGCAUUUUGAGAGACAAAAUGUCCAGAUACAAGAAAGGUCUAGCCUUGAGAAAGAUGGGCAGGAGAAUGUUCUUGGGUCUAUGAAAUCCAAAGAUGACCACUCUGAUAAACUGUUACAGAGAGUCACAGAUUCAGUGGUUGUCAAUUCACCAUUGACUGAAAAGGUUGAUAAUGGCAAUGUAGGUAAUGUGGACAUUGACCUAAACAAGACACCAGCAUCGAAAACUCCCAAAAGGCGAAAACACCGGCCGAAGGUAGUAAUAGAAGGGGAAACCAAAAGAACUCCGAAGCGUGCUGCUCCGGGAGAUGGUACUCCAAAUGAGAAUCCAUCAGGAAAAAGGAAGUAUGUCCGCAGAGACGGCCUCAAAGCUUCAACAACUGAACAAACCGAAGUUAAUGAUUCCGCUGCCCAAAGAAAUAGCACUCCAAAUGAGAACCCAUCAGGAAAAAGGAAGUAUGUCCGCAGAAAGGGCCCCAAUGCUUCAACAAUUCAACAAACCGAAGUUGUUGACAAGGACAAAGUUCCUGAUGCUGGAGAGACAGAAAAAACAUGUCGGAAAAUGCUAGAUUUUGACUUGGAAGACAUAACAAAAGAUGAAAGCCUGCCAAGUACCAAUAUCCACCACCCAGAAAAACAUCAACAAAAGAAAGAAACUUUCGAUUUGAACUUGAAUUCCCAAGACAUGGAGUUGUCAUUGGCUAUCAUGGAGGCGUCUGCAAUAUCAGCUGGGCAGAACCAGAGGAAAGGAGAAAUUGCAGAGAAACUGCUAAUGGAAAAGCCAAAAGAUUUGGCAUCGCCACUUCCAUCAGCAAAUCAAGUUACAAGAAAUAACCAGGCACUGAAUGCUCUUGCAAGAAGUCUAAGUAUGCGAACUGUCACUAGGUAUCCAAACAGCAUUCAGCUGUAUGAACCAAGACAGCUAGCACUGGGUAGGAUGCCUCUACUUCUGAGAGACACAGCAUCCACAGACAACGACGGAAGAGGAUCCAAGAGGGAUCAGUGCCCCAGUUCCCCAUUUCAACCAAGAACUUUCAGCCAGAUGGGAUCUGUGUGCUCGGAAAUGUUGGGGAAUGACAACAGCAGAAGAAACUGCAGCACUUCAUCUGGUAUUCCUUCCCCUACUGCAGCUGCAAUUCAUGACUCAACAAAGUUCUUGUCAAGCAGCUUGAGCAUAAACAGAUAUAACAGAGCCAGCGAGGAGGGUAGUAGGCAUUGUGCUAGUCCCAUGGUUGUUAAACAUAAUUUGCAAAUGCAACCAAACCCAUCUCAGAUGCAUUCUUAUGCACAGCCAAUACCACAGCACAUAUCCCAACAGACGGCUGUUAUCCAUGGAUCCCAAGUACAGGCCACCAUCAGAAAUUGGAAUCAUCAGUAUCAACUCCAAAGUCUUGCCAUGGUGGUACAAAACAUUGAGAGAAGAAAUUCUCACAACAAGAUGCCAGCACAGCAGAACAUGGGGAAGACAUCGCCCAAUGAACUAACCAAUUAUGGGGAGCUGCUUCCAAGAGAGAACAAGAAUUCACGAGCUGACCAACAUCACCUGACAAAAGCUAGAGGCUUACAAGAAACACACAGACAUGCAGUGUCAGUCGACACAGGCUUACAAGGAACACACAGACAUGCAGUAUCAGUUGAUGUAAUCACACAGCAAUUGGAACGCCUUGUUAUCAGUAAUAGCAAGAAAAAUGCUGCUCAAGUGGAGCAAAAGGCCCUUGUUCCAUACAAGGGCAGUGGCACAAUUAUCCCUUAUGAGGGAUUUGAUCCUAUCAAAAGACGUAAAGCACGGCCCAGAGUGGACCUUGACCCAGAGACCAACAGACUAUGGAACGUCUUAAUGGGGAAGGAAGAAAGUGCAGAGACAAUGGACAAGGACAAUGAAAAAUGGUGGGAAGAUGAAAGGAAAGUUGUCCGUGGACGGGUAGACUCUUUUGUCGCACGAAUGCGCCUUGUUCAAGGUGAUAGGAGGUUCUCGCCUUGGAAGGGAUCUGUAGUCGACUCAGUAAUAGGAGUAUUCCUCACACAGAAUGUUUCAGAUCAUCUCUCAAGCUCUGCUUUCAUGUGCCUUGCAGCCAAGUUCCCCUUGCCAACAAGCACCAAGAAUACCCUCUCCCAAGAUGGAUGUAACAUAGUAGUGGAGGAACCAGAAGUCGAAAUAAUAGAUCCAGAUGGGACUACCAUAUAUCAUAAAGCUAGACUACAGCACAGAAUGGAAAACCACACUCAUACAUCUAGAGCUUACUUAGUAAGUGAGCAUGACAAGAGAGUUGACGAGGAAGUCAUUUCAUUACAAAACUCUCCUGACUCUCUCAUUCUUCAAGCCAAUGAAGAACUCAGGUCAAGCUCCGGAUCCGACUUAGAAAGUGAAGACAGACCAAGUUCACCCAACUUGAACAAAGACAGAACUCAAGCAAGCCAUUCUCCACCAACAAAGUGGGCUGCUGCAUUCCAGGAAUAUCAGAGUCACUUUAUGAGGAAUAGGCUUUCAGAAAAGUUGCCCGUCUUUGGGAAUCAGAAGAUAGAAACUGUAGCAGAUAUCGGGCAUAAUGAAAAUCUUGAUGCAGAGGCAUAUUUACAUGGCUAUCCAAUCAAUCCGCAUGUUCAGGUCCAAGAGAUACCAAUAAGAUCUGCCAGUAAUUCAUGGUUGAACAUGACACCAGAAUUUGGUAAACAUGAAACAGCAUGCCAUGAGAAAGAAAUCGACAUGAGCAAAAGCAUGAAACAAGUAGCAGGAAGUUCAAGUCCUUUAAUAGCUCAGCGAACCACACUUCCCUUUAUUCAUGCACCAAGGAUGGGAGAGAUGGGAGGUGUGAAAAUGCAACCUCACAAGGUAGAUAAUCAACAUUCUGUAAGUUCCCAUCAAAAUGAGAUGGCAAUGGCCUCACAACUAGAAAGCGCUUGCAUCCGACAAUCAGUAAACCAUUCAGAAGCCGUUGCUAAAGGACAAGAAGAAGGUCAAGCUUAUCCUUCAAGCAAGCAACCCAGUAUAACAGGCACCAGCAUCUCAAAGACAAGAAAAAGAAGAGUUGAGGAAGGAGAUAAGAAAGCUUUUGAUUGGGAUAGCUUGAGAAAGGAAGUCCAAUCAAAGAGUGGGAAAAAAGAAAGAAGCAAGGAUGCAAUGGACUCAUUGAACUACGAAGCAGUCAGAAGUGCACCAGUUAAAGAAAUUUCUGAUGCUAUUAAGGAACGAGGGAUGAACAACAUGCUGGCAGAGCGAAUUAAGGACUUCCUCGAUAGACUGGUAAGGGAUCAUGGAAGUAUUGACCUAGAAUGGUUGAGAGAUGUGGCCCCAGACAGAGUGAAAGAGUAUCUUUUGAGUAUUCGUGGACUGGGUCUGAAAAGUGUAGAAUGUGUGCGGCUAUUAACACUUCAUAACCUUGCUUUUCCAGUUGACACAAAUGUUGGACGAAUAGCUGUGCGAUUAGGAUGGGUUCCUCUCCAACCACUUCCUGAGUCACUGCAGUUGCAUCUUCUUGAACUGUAUCCAAUUCUGGAGUCAAUUCAGAAGUAUCUCUGGCCACGACUCUGCAAGCUCGAUCAGAGAACACUGUAUGAGUUGCACUACCACAUGAUUACCUUUGGAAAGGUUUUCUGCACCAAAAGUAAACCUAACUGUAAUGCAUGCCCACUGAGAGCUGAGUGCAGACACUUUGCUAGUGCUUACGCAAGUGCAAGACUUGCUCUUCCUGGCCCAGAGGAGAAGAGUAUAGUGAGUUCAGCAGUUCCGAUCCCUAGCGAGGGAAAUGCAGCUGCUGUGUUCAAGCCCAUGCUAUUACCCCCAGCAGCUGAAGUAAGAAUGGGGUACCCAUAUGCUCCAGUUGAAGCUGGUGACCUACCUUCUUUCCUAGAAAGGUCAAUGCCAAUACCUCAAGAGAUGACCAACUUAUUAAAUAGAGAAGCAACACUCAUUACCAACAACUGUGAACCUAUUAUUGAGGAACCAAAAACCCCAGAACCAUUGCCAGAACUAUUAGAAAGCGAUAUUGAAGAUGGGUUUUUUGAAGAUCCUGAUGAAAUUCCAUUGAUUGAACUCAACAUGAAAGAGUUCACGACCAAUUUGGAGACUAUUUUACAAGAGCAUAAUAAAGAAGGCGACGUAUCCAAAGCUCUGGUGGCCUUGAAUCCAGAUGCAGCUUCAAUUCCUACUCCCAAGCUGAAAAAUGUCGGCCGCCUACGGACAGAGCAUCAAGUCUAUGAACUCCCAGAUUCCCAUGAAUUGUUGGAAAAGUUGGAUAAAAGAGAACCCGAUGAUCCAAGUCCGUACCUUCUGGCAAUAUGGACACCAGGUGAGACUGUAAAUUCAAUUCAACCUCCUGAAACAAAGUGUGAUCAUAGUGGAUCAGGAAACCUGUGCAAUGAGACGACAUGCUAUUCGUGCAAUGGCAUAAGAGAGGCAAACUCACAAACCGUAAGAGGCACACUACUGAUACCAUGCCGUACAGCAAUGAGAGGGAGCUUCCCACUCAACGGAACAUACUUCCAGGUUAAUGAGGUAUUCUCGGAUCAUAAAUCCAGUCUUGAUCCAAUUCAUGUUCCGAGAAAAUUGCUAUGGUCCCUGUCAAGAAGGACCGUGUACUUUGGGACCUCUGUCUCAACAAUUUUUAAAGGCUUGUCAACAGAACAAAUUCAGUACUGCUUCUGGAGAGGAUUUGUCUGUGUAAGGGGAUUUGAUCGAGAGAUGAGAGCCCCACGACCUCUCAUUGCUAGACUGCACUUCCCUGCUAGUAAGAUGGUCAAAAAUAGAAGUGAUGACAAAAAAAAGGAGGGAACAGCUGCAGAGAAGGUUGCUGGUUACAACUCACCAAAAUCUGUCCAUACAAAGUAGAGAAACACAAAGAGGAGUAGGAUAAGAAUUUGAUGACUAACAUAGUGAUGACAUUCAAUAACCUCACCGGAGAUGCAAAUUUACAGCAGCAGAAUUGAAGUCACCCUUGGCGAAAAAGGGUGUAGUGUACAAUAAGCAUCUCUUAUUCUUUGAUUUAUGCUCACAAACUGAGCCAUCAUUAUUCAAGAUUUACCAAAUAGAAAACAAGGAUAGCUGUAGGAAAAUUGAGAUGUAACAUUCAUAGUUUGAAUGUGAAAACAGUUGAUGCCAUUGUAGUGGAAAAUCCUUUUUAUUCA